AGUUGCGAGUGAGCAAUUAGCAUCUCGAGUUAAAAGUGGAAUUAAUAAGCGUAAAGUCGUACUAAAUUAGUUGGACGGAUAUUUCUGUGAGUCAGUGAAGGUCUCAAUAAAGUUUGAAAACUCCUAAAUCAAGACCGACGCGAUGGGGUGCUUCGAGAGCAAGUCGGAUCAACCCGCCCAGCCGGCAACGGUUCGGGGCCAUACCGAUAUCUUCUGGUUGAUCCUAUACGUCGUGUUCUGGAUAGCGUUGAUCGUGAUUGCCAUCUUUUCCUUCAUCUACGGAAAUCCGCUUCGCAUCAUCAACGGGUACGAUUCGUUCGGCAACACGUGCGGUGUCGACAGCAAUGAGAAGUACUCCAACAUUCCACUGUCCGGCAUGAAUACGGCCGACAAGCCGUAUCUGUUCUUCCUGGACGUGAAAGAACUACGCCAUACGCUAACGGUUUGCGUGAAAGAGUGUCCCCGGCGGGAGUUAACCAACGCGGCGGAACUGUACCGGUACCAUGAGGAGACCUUCACCAAGCUCUGUCGUUACGAUUUCAACAUGACCUUCCUCCUGACGCCGGAAGCGAGUGGACCAAAGUAUUUCGACUACACCGGACCCUGUCCACCGUUACCCGUGUACCAAUCGGCCCCGGUACUGCACCGUUGCAUCCCGACCGGUGCCAACGCGCCCCUGCAACAGGUCAAAAAGAUGUACGCCCUGAUCAACUCCUGGGAAGCGACCCAACAGGUGUUUAGCGAUCUCUACAAAGCCUGGCCCACGAUCGUGCUCGUCUGUGCGCUCAGUCUCGUCUUUUCGAUCGUCAUCAUUGCGAUGCUCCAUUGGCUCGCCGCGAUCGUGUCGUGGCUCAUUUGCAUCUUCGUGGUCAUCGCCAGUAUCGGCAUUACGGCGGUUCUUUGGUGGAGUUACUACCGCACGAAACACACACUCGAUACAGACCAGCAGCUGUCGUACCUGGAAGAGCUAGUGCGCAACGAAACGACGAUCUACGUACUGGCGAUCGCCGCCACCUUCAUCAUGAUCAUCCUGCUCGUGCUGGUGUACUAUCUGCGCGAAAAACUAACCGGGCUAGCGGCACUGUUUGAGGAAGCGGGCAAGUGUAUGCUGCAGCUACCGGGCCUGGCCGGCCCACCGCUACUAGCGUUCCUUGCGCUGGUCGUCUUCCUAGCAUUCUGGGUCUCCGUAGUCAUCUGUCUGGCUACGGCAAACUAUCCCGGGCUGAAGCCUCUACUAAGCCCGAUAACGCAACUCGAAGAGAACUCCUCGCUCACGAACGACACCAAGCUGAAGCCGGAAUUGGCCGGCAAGAACGAUACAAACUUCAAGUCCUUCAAGUUGGUCGAGUAUCACGAGGCGAACGUCCUGCGGCACAUGCUGUGGAUCUACAUCAUCGGACUGAUCUGGACCAGCGAGUUCAUCUUUGCCUGCCAGCAACUCGCCAUAGCCGGUGCCGUCGCCUUCUGGUACUUCCGCAAGCCGACCGACACGCCCGUGCUGCACGCGAUCGCCAAGCUGGUCAAGUAUCACCUCGGAUCCGUCGCCAAAGGUUCGCUGAUCAUUACGAUCUUCAAAAUUCCGCGCCUCAUCCUGACGUACCUCUACGCCAAAUUGAAACGCCACCAGCAGGAGGGCUCGGAGUGUGCCAGCUGCUGUCUGCGGUGUUGCAUCUGUAGCUUUUGGUUGCUGGAAAAGUUCAUUCGCUACCUCAACCACAACGCGUACACCGUGAUCGCGAUCGAGGGUGUUAACUUUUGCCCGGCGGCCAAGAUCGCCUGGAAUGCCCUGGUGACGAACGCACUGCAAGUGGCCACCAUCAACGGGAUCGGCGAUUUGGUACUGUUUCUGGGCAAACUGGCCGUGGCGGCCCUCUGUGGGCUGAUCAGUAUUCUGCUGCUGCGUGACAAUGCCGAUCUCCACUUCUAUAUGGCGCCGGUGAUCAUUAUUACCGUGUUUGCGUUCUUCGUUGCCCACAUCAUGCUGUCGCUGUACGAGAUGGUAGUCGAUACGCUGUUCCUGUGCGUGUGCGAAGAUCGCACCAUCAACGGGAACAGUGGCCGCUGGAAGGAGAGCAAUCUGGCCCGGCUGCUCGGUGAAAUGCCCGAAAUGGAUGCUGUCGAGGCGCCCAUGCAAGAGGUAGCGCUGACGCCCAUCACGAAGCAACCGUUCUCUGCGGCCCAGUUCUUGCAGGCUGAGAUGGACAACAGUAAGGCUUAGGAGGCCGGACGCUCGUCCGGACAAUGGCACUGAAACUAACGCUCCUUUUACCCUCAAAUAUGCCAUCUAUAUGCGUACCCGCCUGUCGUUUACAUGUUGCUGAAAGUUUACUAAACCUCUAGAGUAUAUAUUCAUCGUUGCGUAUCGGCUAACGGUUCAUCGAUUCACGAACGCUCGAACAGUUUUUUGUGUUUUCAUCAUUACGUACAUCACGACCACACAUCCUGAUUGCAUUGCGAACAUUAUCGAAAUGUUUGUCCUAGGGCCAAAGUUCAUUUAAAUUAUUAAACGAGGAAAACAUUUACUUAAUUCGAAACGGUAUUAAUUUGGGUCUCUCAUACGGCCGAUCGAUAGACCAACGAAUCGAAACUCAGAAAGUAUAGCAUUUAAGAAAUUGACGCGCAUUGACGAAACGAAGCACAACGAAGCCGGUGCUCUUCCAACAACAAUCACGACGGACGGACACUCCGUUGACCUCUGCCAGAUUUAUAUUUACAACAAGAUUUUUAGCUCGUCCCAACUCGAGGAUAUUGGUAACUAUUUACACAAACUGCUUACUGUUCCGAGGAGCGAAAGGAAGACAACUUUUCAGGACCCCAAGAAGUGGGCCAGAUGAAGGCAACCAUUUAAGAAACACUAACUGUUUUUGUCAGAAACUCUU